UCAGCUCCGCUUUCACGAUAUAUUGCCUCUUCCCCUCUCCUCAUUUCCCUCAACCGAUAAAAUCGACGAUAUAAACAAAACUCGUGAUUCAUUCAGCUUCUAGAAAACCAUAACAAGUCACCUAACUUCUCACGACAUAUUUAUUCUACAGUUAAUUUUCUCACAUAACUUCCAUCCAUUUCUCUCGUUCCUCUUUCUUUUCCCUUGCUCUCUCUAGUUCCCAGUCGAGGUAGAGAGGGAGAGGAAAAUAAAUAAAGAAAAGCAGAAAUAAAAAGGGGUAGAACUUUAUUUAUUUCACUUAUUUUCUGUUUUUCUAAUUUUCUCGGUUGAGACGGUGAAAGAUUCGAUCUCGUGGACCUGACUCUUGACAGACCUCUCUUCUGUCAGUUAUAUCGUCAUCAUCGAUUCAUCGGUAUCGUUUGUGUGCAGGAGGAGGCCGAGUAGAAUCAACUACAUCGAAGUCGUUUCUCUCUUUUGUCGUCCCUCAGCGGGUUCGGAACUGUCCAUAUCAUCACUUUGCUUUGUCAUCUUAUUAUCUCGGAUCGAUAUUGAUUCUUCAGUUUUUGUAUGCAAAGAUAGUUUUGCUGGGUUUGGGAUGUAUUUGUCAGAUUAGAGUCCGAAAGCAUACUCUACGAUUUUGCAUAGGAGGCUGCAGGCUAAUUGAUAGGCUUACGACCUUGGGAGGAUAUAUUUCCUUCUAGGUUGACAGUUCAAUCACAGACUACAAAGUGCCUGAUAGGAUUCACAUACUGUUGCUAGAACAAGUGUUGGUGAGAAGUUGUUAAUGAAGUCUGUGGAAUGCCAUUCUGCUUUGCCCUGAAGGAAGGGAAAAUGCUAACAAAUUGGAAGAAAGCACGCAUUGUACUGACUCUCACUUCUCCAACCUACAUUUCAUUUAUGUUUUUCAGAUCCUGUUGGGGUAAAGAGGGUGUGAAUGGUUUGCUAUAAAGAAGAAAAUAUGGAGCAUGCUUCAGAAAAAAGAUAUCCCGUUGAUGCAGGAGAAUAUAAAUUAUAUGAAGAAGUUGGUGAGGGUGUCAGUGCCACUGUCUACAGAGCUUUAUGUAUUCCGCUUAAUGAGAUAGUUGCUAUCAAGGUUCUUGAUCUCGAGAAAUGUAACAACGAUCUCGAUGGUAUCCGCCGAGAGGUACAGACAAUGAGCUGGAUUGAUCAUCCUAAUUUGUUACGGGCCCAUUGUUCUUUCACUGCUGGUCAUCACCUCUGGGUUGUGAUGCCAUACAUGGCUGGGGGAUCUUGCCUUCAUAUAAUGAAAUCUGCUUAUCCAGAAGGAUUUGAAGAGCCUGUUAUUGCUACUUUACUGCGGGAGGUUCUCAGAGCUCUGGUUUAUCUUCACUUCCAUGGGCACAUCCAUAGAGAUGUGAAGGCUGGGAACAUUUUAAUUGAUUCUAAUGGUGCAGUCAAGUUAGCAGAUUUUGGUGUAUCAGCUUGCAUGUUUGAUACUGGGGAUAGACAACGUUCAAGAAAUACUUUUGUCGGAACCCCUUGCUGGAUGGCACCUGAAGUUAUGCAGCAGUUGCACGGAUAUGACUUUAAAGCAGAUAUCUGGUCGUUUGGAAUAACAGCACUUGAACUUGCUCAUGGUCAUGCCCCUUUUUCCAAAUAUCCACCAAUGAAAGUUUUGCUGAUGACCUUGCAAAAUGCACCUCCAGGUCUUGAUUAUGAAAGGGACAAAAGGUUCUCUAAGUCUUUCAAGGAGAUGGUGGCCGCUUGCCUAGUGAAGGAUCCUAAAAAGCGUCCUACUUCAGAAAGGCUUUUAAAGCAUCCUUUCUUUAAACAUGCUCGCUCAAAUGAUUAUUUGGCUCGUUCAAUUAUUGAGGGCCUUGCUCCAUUAGGUGAACGUUUCAGGAUGCUAAAGGCGAAAGAAGCUAAUCUUCUUAUGCAGAAUAAAAAUCUUUACGAGGAUAAAGAACAUUUAUCACAGCAAGAGUAUAUUAGAGGAAUUAGCGCUUGGAAUUUCAACCUUGAGGAUCUAAAAUGCCAGGCUGCCCUUAUUCAAGAUAAUGAUGUCAUGCCAAAUGCAGAAGAACCAGAUGUUGGCAGGAAGGAAAGCAGCAGGUACCAUGAAUUUGUACUUCCAGCGGAGAGGUCAUCCCCUGAAAGGGCUAAUAUUUCAGCCACCGCACACCAUCUGGAGGAUGGGCUCAAUGAUCUUCGUGAUUUGGAGAGUUCACUUGCUUCAUUUCCCAUUAAGCCUCUUCAGGCGCUCAAAAGCUGUUUUGAUGUUGGUGAAGAUGAAGAUGGUGCCACUAAUCCCAAUUGGAAAGGGACUGCUCCUGCUCCCUUAAAUUCCAGACAGCAAAUUCUUACCAAGUCAACAAGUGGAACCCUGUUCCCAGAAAGUGGGGAGAAAGAUGGUGAAAAUUCAGUCCAAAGUAGCUCGUUACCGCGUCAUAUCAUUUUGGAGCAACAAAAGUUCUUAAGUGGUCCAGUAAUACCGGAUAAUGCAUUUUCACCUAAAAAGAUCAUCACAGAUGGGGACAGGAAUGGAGUUGUAGUCCAUGCAACAAAGGCCAAAGGGGUAAAAAGGAGGAACAAGAGCUACCGAGAUGGCUACUUCUCAUGUGUGUUACUAAUGGAGUGCCUUCUCCACCAUGGAAUGUUCAGUUGAGUCAUAGGUACUGCUCUUAGAAUGAGCCCGUUAUAACAAUCUCAUUAAAAUGCGAUUUGUCCAACAAUUUUCCAAGUAAGAUCCCAUUUUAGGAGGCUAUGAGUUAGUUUUUCGAUUGUCAAAUCCGGAAUCUCUUGCUUGAAGUAUUGAAUUAGUAUCACUUGACGACCACCUCAUUGGUCAUGUAGCUGUUGGGAAUCCAGGAGAAACAUAUUUGGGGUGCUUUGCAGUUGACCAUGAGGGAGAGAGAUGGAUGAUGGAGAUGGAGGAGGUUAUGUCAUGGAUGUCGUAGUCGCCCAAGGAAGAUGAAGAGACAUAUGGAGAGAGGAAUUGCAAGAAAGACAGAAGAGAUAGUUUCUGUGGAGGUGAUUUUGCAUAAGGGUCUUGGUGGCAAUAGAGGAGCAGGUGGGUGUAAGUGGAGGAAAAGAAGAGAGAAAGAAUAAGGCAAUUUAGUCAUCUUAUAUGUGUUAUCAAUGAUGGGAAAA